UGACCUUCUGUCUGUGGGGUUCCGUUAUCUCGGCCAACAAGCCGCGGUCCGGACGGCUCCAGGUCCGAUAAAGGACCCCAGUUCGAAGGUUAGGCUUGAGCUGGACGCAAUCGCCACCACCUCUGUCGGCCGCAAUUUGCGAGUCGCGAGCCAUCCUCCUUCAUAAAACAUAGCCGCCAAUAUGGCGGACUCAGUAGAUCGCGUGUUUGUACACGCUCUCAAUACCGUCAAAAAGAUACCCAAGACUGGCGCAUCGAGACCACCUCCAACCGAUCGACUCCGACUCUAUGGACUUUAUAAGCAGGCAAUGGAGGGUGAUGUCGACGGUGUAAUGGAACGUCCAACAGCCGCCUCCGGAAUGGCUUCCGACGACCUACAGCGCGAAAAGGACAAAUGGGAUGCAUGGAAUCUGCAAAAGGGACUAAGCCGAACAGAAUCUAAGAGAAGGUAUAUCGAGGCGCUGAUAGAUACGAUGCAUCGAUAUGCGACCACACCUGAUGCCGAAGAACUCGUGUCGGAACUCGAAUUUGUCUGGAAUCAAAUCAAGAACAAUAGUCCAAGCUCAUCAUUAUCGUCGCCGCGAGCGAAUCGAUCGGCCGGUGCAUCCCAACCAUACGAAGACGCCGGGCAAGCAAGCGACGCCGAAGGUCCUAUGAAGGAGAUCAGACCGAUGAGCGAGUACGACGAAGCGGAACUUCGGUCCCAGAAGCAAUUAGAACUCGAGGACGAUGAUAUCGAUGGAGCGCAAAAUCACGAUCGGGUCAGUGGCCGAUGGCAGCGAAAGGUCGAGCGUGCCUUGACAACGAUGUCGGCCGAGGUAGCUGCGUUACGAGAACAAAUUACAACAGGUCGAGAGUGGCGGACAAAGAAGGAGCGUAGCUUACCAGCUUGGGUGAAGUGGUUCGCCUGGUUGGUUGUAAAGCAUUUGUUCGCCGACUUUGUCAUUCUGACUGUUGUGUUAUUAUGGCUAAGAAAGCGCAAGGACCGUCGCCUGGAAGAUCUGGUGAGGGCAGCUGUCAGGCUUGUUAGGGAGUAUGUUCGAAAUGUGUUGCCGUCUCGAGGGUGAUGGCUUGGCAGUGUACGAUCUGACAGCUGCAGUCCUCGAGGUCAGGUCAGAACGACCUCAAUUUUUGGUCACUCAGCAAGGUAACGAUGAUCAGGCUUAUAUCACCAG